AUGCCUUUCGGUUUGAAGAAUGCACCCCAGAUCUAUCAACGUAUGAUCGACAACGCGCUAUAUGGAUUCACUCGGAUCCCGAAGUCUGAAGAUCCCGGGGGUACUCUGGAUGUGUUUGAGGACAUCGCCAAUGACUGGGAUCAACUAUGUGACCGAGUCGAAAAUCUACUCAAGGCGUGUGAUGAGUGGAAUUUGUCGAUCAGCGUGGUUAAGAGCUUUUGGGGAAUGCCUGAGGAGGAAUAUCUCGGGCACAUGGUCUCGCACAAUGGACUGGAUGCGAAUCCGAAGAUCUGUCUGCAUUGA